AGGCCUUGAUUGCGCGUGAAGAAACAGGAAGAGUGCGGGCAGGUGUUUGGUGGGACGGUGCGUAACCUCUUGCAGCCACCGAAGAAUCAGCAAGAAGACAGAGAUGUCAAGGGCAAAUAUGGAUUGCAAAGUGUAUGUUGGUGACCUGGGGAGCAAUGCUUCUCAGACUGAGCUGGAAGAUGCUUUCUCUUACUAUGGACCGCUGAAGAAUGUCUGGGUGGCCCGAAAUCCGCCUGGGUUUGCUUUCGUUGAGUUUGAGGACCCAAGAGAUGCCCGUGACUCAGUUCGAGGACUGGAUGGAAGGACCGUGUGCAACCGCCGCAUCACGGUGGAGAUGUCGACGGGCCGCUCGCGCAGCCGCGGCACGGGCAGCUGGCGCGGCACGGUCGGCACGGGCCGCUACGGCCGCGGCUGGGACCCCAACGACCGCUGCUACGACUGCGGCGAGGCCGGCCACUACUCCUACGACUGCCGCAACAAGCGGCCCGUGCGCAGGUCUUUUUCUAGGUCGCGCAGUCGUGACCGCCACUCUCGCUCGCGCUCUCGCACCAAGAGGUCCAGGAGCCGCUCCUACUCACGCAGCCGAUCCCGCGACCGCUCCAGGUCCCGCUCGCCGAAGAGGAACGGCACGUCGCGCUCGCCCCGCAGAAACGACGGCUCUCGCUCGCCGAAGAGCAGCGGCCGCUCGCGCCGCGACUGAGCGCUGCCGUGGCGCCCGACGACCCACGCGCCACCGUCAUUCCGUGAAGUUAGAGACGAUGCCGGGGGCCUGCUCUGAUCCGGUGGAGAACCCGGCCGCGAACCCAGGCGGGCGUUACGUUGUCAUGCAUUUCAAGGGCGGAAGCUACUCGUUGGAGAUCCCCUUUGCGCGUUGUGGUUAGUCGCCUGGGCUCUGUUCUUGUCAAGACGUGUGCUUUUCUUUCUUGCGUCCGAGCACACAGUUGUGCACGGCUCCCAACAAGGUCGCAGGUCACGACUUUGUCGGCAAUCUCUCCCAUCUGUUGUGUGUAUGUAGCCCAAUUCAUUCUAAAAGCAUGGGAGUGCACCUGCGAUUUCGAAAUACAUGUAAGGAAAAGAG